AUGGAUCUGGGUCUGGUGGCACACCUGGCCUCGCUUCGUUCCUCCGUUCCCUUCGUGCAUUUCUUCGAUGGCACGCGCACCAGUGGCGUCAUCGAAUGCGUCAAACCCAUUCCGUACAGCACGAUGAAGAGUAUUGUUCCCUGGGACGACUUGGAUGCCUUCCGUCAGCGUGGCCUGAAUCCACAGCAUCCCAUGAUGCGUGGCUUGGGACAAGACCCGCAAGUGUACUACCAAUCUGCAGUCUCGGCGAACAAGUAUUAUGAUGCCGUGCCACACAUCGUCCAAGACGUCAUGGAUCAGGUGGCAGUGAUCACGGGACGUCAGUACAAACUCUUUGAAUACUAUGGCGAUCCGGAGGCGGAACGUGUGGUGGUUUUGAUGGGUUCAUCGGCCAAGACUGCGGAGGAGACGGUGGAUUACCUGCGACAGCAGGGAGAGAAGGUGGGCAUCCUGAAGGUUCAUCUCUUCCGUCCCUUCUCCACGGAGCAUUUUUUGGCGGAGCUGCCGGACACGGUGAAAGCCAUCGCAGUUUUGGACCGGACCAAGGACACCGGUCAUCACCGGUUGGUGUCGGAUGGUGUCGGAUGGGUGGAACCGUUGGACCAGGAAGACUUGGCACCGUCACUCCCGCUUCAUGCAGAUGUCCUGACGGCCAUGAGUGAGGCCGGGGUCUACAAAAAGGUGGUGGGUGGCAACUAUGGCCUCGGCAGUAAAGAGUUUGCUCCCAGACACGUCAAGGCGGUCUUUGACAACUUGCUCAAUGAGGUUCCUAAGCGGCACUUCACCGUGGGCAUCAACGACGACGUGACCAACACCUCCCUCCCCCUGGGGCCCACGAUCAACACCCAGGAUCCAGAGGUAACUCAGGCCAUCUUUUUCGGCCUUGGCUCCGAUGGCACGGUGGGCGCCAACAAAGCGGCUGCCGCGAUCAUCGGCGAGCGCACGGAGUUCUACUCGCAGGGUCACUUCAACUAUUCCUCGCAGAAGGCCGGGGCUUCGACAGUCUCGCACCUCCGUUUUGGACCCAAGCCCAUCCGCUCGGAGUAUGAAAUCGAGAGCAGCCCGGGAGCAGACUAUGUGGCCUGUCACCAUACGUCCUUCCUGUCGAAGUUCGACAUGUUGUCCAAGGUUCAGCAGUUUGCCAUUUCGAUCCAAACGUUGCCCGAGGCACGUGAGGGAGCUGCUUUCGUGGUGAACUGCCCUUGGAAGACGGUCGAGGAGUUGGAACAGGAGUUCCCGGCCAAGCUCCGCCGGGCCGUGGCAGAGAAGAAGGUGGAGCUGUACACGAUCGACGCCCACGCGGUCGCCAGCUCUGUAGGCCUUCCGGCGAAGCGCAUCAACCAGGUGAUGCAGGUGGGAAGGCACACAGUCCUGCUGGAAAGAUCGGACUCGAUCACGAUGGGUGCCAAUCAUGUGACUUUCGAUGCAGUUCUCAGGUUGACAGGAUCGGCAGUCAAGACAGGAUUUGGUGACUACUCUUUCAUGCCGAAGAGGUGUGCUCAUGACCAGGACUUGCACUGGAGAGUGACGGUAUCCAUGUCGCAAUGGGAACAGGUGGUAUCGAAAGGACGGACUUUCAUUGCUGUGAAGGCCAAAAGGUCCAUGACAACUCUGGACACAUCAUCCCAAGGCUCCGGAGUACUGGCAGAUCCAGAUCGACGUGCAUUUUCAACAGGAGAUGAUAGCUAUGUGACAGCAGAAUUCUUUUCUGGUGGCUUUUCUGGCUGGACUCAAUCACUUAGACGUCUCAGUGAGUUGGGAUAUGAGUUCAGACAUUUGCUUGCCGUGGAUUCAGAUGAGAUAGCAGCUGAAACAUAUGCACGAUCACAUGGAUUUCCUACGGUAUUGUCCAAGGGCAACUAUGGUCUCACGGAUGAAUUUCUGCCUGAGCACAUCUUUGUACAAGACAGUAUCCUCUCACCAGAAUGGUAUCAUCUCAUGUCCAUCACAGGUUUUGACAUGGUCAUCAAAUCCCCUCCAUGUCCACCGUGGAGCUUGGCGUCCACAUGUGAGGGAUUGUACAAGGCAGACGGCCGCUUGACCAUUCAGAGCUGGGGACUGUGCCAUUUGAUCAAACCGAAACUGGUGUUGUUAGAGAAUGUGGGAAACAUGAAACAGCACGAGCAGUGGCCUCUCCUCAAAAGGUUCAUUGAGUGGUGUGGUUUUGCAAUCCGUUAUGCAAGGGUUCUCAACAUGAGUGAUGUGGCACCUCAGUACAGAGACAGGCUGAUCCUCAUCGCAUCGCAUGAGGAUGCAGACACACAACCACACCUUUGCACAGGUUGGCCGAAGCUUGAGAGGCAUACCAUGGAAUCGUAUUCCAAUUUGAUGCCUUUGGUGGAGCCUUGGAAGUCCCAAUGUCUGAUUGACCCAAUUGUUUUGAAGCAAUACUUGGAUCCAAACUUGUUGCCAAAGAACCCCAAUGCCAAAGCCAAUCCUUUGAAAAAGAGCCGGAUUGAUGUUGAGCAGUACCGCAUUCGAUUUCCACAGAGCUCCUUUGGGUGCGUGAUGGGAAAUUAUUCCUUUGGUCAUUUGCUCCCUUCGUCAGUGCUUUCAUCGUUUGGCUUGUUUGGAACGCUUGUUUGCAGACCUGAUGCAUUAAGAUUCAUGACAAUCCCAGAGAUCAUUAUCUCCAUGACAGCCGUGAUGCCACUUUGGCUACCCAAUGAUCAUCGUGCCUCAAUGCGGUUGUUAGGCAACGCAAUUUCAGUGCCACAUGCUAUGAUCGCAGUGUGCAACGCUCUGGCCUUCCUGACUCCUUUGUCCUUUUGGGAAGUUCAAGACUUGUACAAAGAAGCAAUCUCAGCACGCAUGACAUGUCAGAACAUCAGAUGGGAGGCCAAAUGGGGGGGCAUGUCAUUUGAACGCAGUGACGAGGUCGCACCAACCAUGCUCAUGCAUACAUACCAGAAGAUCACCAUGGAAUCCCCUGUGAAUGCCUUUGCCUUUCAUGCGGAAAAAGGAGUUGUCAUCAAAGAUGCCCUGAAGCUUUUGGCAGAAGACUCCAUGCCCACGACAGUUUUCCUUCUGCCAGGAGGGAUACAUGAUGCCAAAGUGAACUUGCCUUCCAGAUUUGAGGUGGAUGAUUGCGAUGUCAGGUUGUUUGCAAACGUCUCAUGCGCACUCAGGACAGACUCAGGAUCUUUUUCUGAACGCUCAAAUCAAUCUUCCUGCAUCAUUGUCUUGACAUGUCAUGGAACAUUUGCACUGAGAAGAGACAGUGGCAUGACCAUUCAGGAUGUCCUCAACACACUGAAUCACCAGUUGUCCAUUCGAACCACGCAUCUUGUAGGGGCCUUUGGAGAAAAACAUCCGCCUGAGAUGAUCUGCCCAGACGCUGUGAUAUCGUUGGAUGUUGAAGGAUCCUCGGACACACUGCAGAGAUUUGAUUACAUACGUUUGGACCUGGAAGACGGUGAAAUCAAAUUUUUCGCAUCUGACGCUGCCUUGCGUGAGUUUGCACAGUUGAUCCAUGAGACCGCUUUGGACCAGAUCCUUGGUGCACUGGGAUGGACUUUCAUGAUCUCGGCAGAUUUUCUUGUUGACAGAAACAUAGGAUGCAUUCGACUCAUGCAGAAACCUGGAGCCUUCUCUUUGACUCAUGAUGACUUGCGGUUUUGCUUGGCAAUCCACCUUUUCCUGAUUCGCAUCCGAAACUGGCAAGAGAUUGGAAGGGAGCCCAACAUCAGAUGCAGGGUUAAGCUCUGGCAUGCUUGGAUUUGGGAUGGCCUUGUUGAUCCUACAGUAUCGAUGUUGCGAUUUGAUCAGGAGUGGGAAAGGAUCUCAGGAUGGUUCAAUGUCACCAGACCGUGGCGAUACGUCAUCAACAACCACACAGUGAACCCGGAGUGGCCUUUGUCAGGAUAUGUCACCGAAGAUGAAUCAGGGGGAUCUCACCUGAAGAUCUUCAUGAUACAUGGGCUUCGUGGAGGAGGUCCUGCCCAGCUUUGUUCCACAUCCCAAAUCCGCAAUUCAGAAACCUCUGGAAAUCUGAGGGAUAUGGCCGAUUUUGAGGCGAGCAAUCCAGAAGCUGCAUUGGCUUAUCUCCUUGGUCGCCUUGUGGAAUUCCCAGCACCCAUCAAGAGGGCAGACAUUUCGGUAUUCCUGGAACUUGAAGCAACCGUACUUGAUGGCCUCCUUUGCAUUCAGGGUAGUUUCGAGAAGCUCCGUGAAUUUAUGCACCGGAUCAAAGUCUCGGGAACUGAAAGAACGCUUGCAUUUGCAGGUUGGAUGAUGGCAUGCCAUUUCACCGCAGUGUUUGAACCUGUUCAUGCUCAGAUCAUUUUCUUUCGAAAGCCGAUGGUCGCUUCAACAUCCAUGGACUUCUUGCGUGAUUUCCUGAAAGCAGCUUUGAUUUACCUCGGCAUGCCAAGACCACAGGAUGACUUACCAGAUGCCAUCAAAACAAAAAUCAAGCUCCAUGGUGUCACGAUCUUCCAUGCGAAACUGGAGAGGAAUUUCCCAAUGCAACAACUGCUGGACACUUGGGACCAAGCUUCGACCAUUUGCGAUGAUCCUUCUGACAUCCGGCUCGUGAGUCAUGUAGGUCUUGUCAACCCUGAUCUCCCGUUGAGGUACUUUGGCAGGUGUGGUCCGGAUGACAUGACGGUUGCGCAGGUUUCUUUCAUGAGACCCACUCAUGGUGGUGGCCCAACUGAUGUGAAUCCAAUGAAUGCCCAUGACUUCCAGAUUCGUCAAAGGAACAAUCUUGCAUCAUUCCUGAUCAGCCAAGGCGUUGACAUCACCACGUGCGUGCCCUUCAUCGAUUCGCUCUUGAAGGGAUCAGGUCCGGAAGCUAUCGGAUCGAUCCUCAGUUUGAAGUUCCCAGGCAAAAAGUGGGAAGCCCUCCUGAAGCUUGCAUCGGCCUUGAAUAUAGCCAUGCCACCGGUAGUAGACAAAGUCGAGAAAGCCAGACAGAGAGUGCAUCAGAAGUUCAAAAACCAUGCCAAAGAAUUUUUUGACAACAUGCCCAUCGAAGCCCUGGUACUUCAACCUGGAUGCAUCAAGAACACUGAUGAGACGGAGUCCCAACAGCUCCAAAAGAUCACGCCAAAUUCCUCAGGAGUUGUCCUGCUUUCGUAUGACACGGCAAGACCUUGGAUUGAACGGGGCACCCCAAUUUCCCAAGAUGAGAUGUCGGUUGUGAUCGUAGGCACAUGCCUUCAUCCCAACAAAUGUGAAUGUAAUCCUGUGCAGCUUCCGGUACGCUUGAAUGAUGAACCUCUGGUUGUUUCAGGCUGCAUGCAUCACCUUGGGGCAAAGAAAGCAGUGUACACGGGUUCCGAACAGGACGACAUUCCCAUCACGGAGUCUCAGGUUGUAGCCAUGACAGCAUUCAGAGACGAAAUCCAUGAAACCGACUGGGAUAUUCUCCUUAAAUCUCCAGUCAAAAUGAUGAUGAAAUUGCUUCUGGGGGAUGCUGAGACAGUUGAGUUGCUUGCUCCGCCAUGGGGACGUUCCUUUCAGAGAGCCGGCAAGAAGGUUCAACCCAAUCUGGCAACAUCCGUUCAGUGUCAUGUGAGAAUCAGCAAAGAUGAGCUCAGAAAAUUCCUUAAAUCCUCAGGCAGUGCAGGCAUUUACACCAUUCCAAAGACUGAGGACCACAAGGUGCUCAGUGAUUUUCAGGUCAUUUGGAUGAAUGAAUCUACUGUUGACUUUGCAGUUAGCCUUUCAAAGGUCGACAAUCACUGUGGUGUUGUGCGUGGAAGCCGUGCUGAUGGAAAAAGCAAAGGCAUUCGUUUUGACAAGGCAGAUUACUUGACAGCAUUUGCCAACCUCAAGCCAGAUGAAAAGCCACCGACCUUGGUCAUUGCAAACCAUCACUUCAAGAUCGCACCGACACCGCUUGGAUCAACAUCAUCCCAAGUCUUGGAAUGGUUGCAAAUUCAGGGUUGGGACGCAAAACCUAUCAGAGCUCUCUCAGGUACAUGCUGGUUGUGUGUCGCUGAAAGGAAAUUUGAUGAUGUUUUCACUCAAUGGAACGGAAACCCAAUCUUGAUCAAGUGGAUCGACGCCAAAAAGACCACUCAUCCGACGGUCUUGGCUGGGCAGUUCCUCAAAGGAGCAAAGAGUUUGCCUCAAUCGGAAGUAUCCACUUCGGCAGCAUCAUCAAAUGCAGGUGACGGUGACUUUGAAGAUCCCUGGAAGACGUACAUUUCCCAGAAAGGACAUACAGGCCUCUCCAAACCCCCAAUGCAGACAUGGAAAGCUCCAAGUCUUUCUAUCAUGGCACAACAGCCUCGCAAGAUUGAAGCUCCGAUUGAGGAUCGUUUUCUUCGACAGGACACGGCUCUCCAGGAUCUUAAAGUCCAGACUGACAAAGAAAUCUCCCAAUUGCGUGAAAGCCUAUCCAAAGUUGAAAGAGCAGUGGAAAAUCAGAGCAUUCAGAUGCAAGUCAACACAGAGCAGACGAACAAUGAAUUCAAGACCUUGAGAGCAGAAGCAGCCUCGCAGUUCCAAGCCAUGACCAACUCUUUUGCAGAGUCCUUGAAAAAUGCCAUUACACACCACGACAGUCAGAUGUCAGUCCAAUUUCUUGAGCUGAAGCAGUUGAUUUCGUGUCGUGGCAGUGGCCAGAGCCCUCCGCAAAAGAAGCCAAAAAAUGGUCAGCACAAUGAUGACUUGCUUGAUGGGAAUGCUUGCACAACCGCCGACUGGAUGGUUCCCAUUGUGCUGAAAGAAUCCCAGCGUUUUUCUGCCUGCAUUGUCCGUAUAGGGUCCACCAGAAACGAUUCCGCAUUCAUGCAUCCGAUAGUUGCUGGACUCGUCAUGGACAUGCAUGUGUUGUCAGACAACCAAUUUGAUCCGCACUCGCCGCUUUUGAUUCAGCUCAGUACAAGAAUGGAAGAGCAGUUUAGCAGUGCAUGGAAAAUGCCAAAGACGUGGGCUCCUUUCGCUCCAUCACAUGACCUCAUUUCCAAAUUUUAUAAACCCAUCAACUUUGAAGAAUUUUUCAGUGAUCCUGAUGUCAUGACACCAGAUGAAGUUGAGCAAGCUUUUUUACUUUGGUCGCAAAAGGUUGAGAAUGCUGUUGGUGCUGCCAUUCGCAAAAGACACUUGGAUGACCCUGAAGGUCAACCCCGCAAAGAUUUGCACUCAUCUUUCAAGGGAAGAUGCAACUUCAAACAAAUCACAACCAAACCGAGACAAUCUGGAGUCAAAUCCGACCGCCAUGGUGGAUACUCGCCUCCAAACGAGGUCUUUUCUCUGCAGUCCAAACAAAAGAUUAGACAGGUUCGACGCUUGAAGACCCUGCUACGGAGAUACAAAGUUUUGCCUUUGACGACAGGUUCUCCCUCCGAUGGACACGCAGUUGCUGACGCUCUGAAUGAAUGGAAGUGCAUAUUGAACGCAUGCGGUUAUGGCAGCAAGUGGAAGAACUGGAUUCUGGGCUUUGAGAUGAUCCCUGCCAUACCUCUCAAGCUACCUGACAUUGAGCUUUUGGAAUUGGUCACUCAGAUCACUCAGCUUGAUUGCGACCAUGCUUGCAAAUCUGAAGCAAAGAUGCGUGCUGAUGCGUUCAAAAAUCGCAUUCAAGUUGACAUACAACAUGACUUCAGCAAACUGACCUACAAAAUUAUUCGUGCCAAAGAGACAGAUAGCCUCCGGGAGGUUCCCGUGAAAAAGUGUUUCAAUGCCGUGCUUCUCAGAUCCAGGAUCGGGGGUACUUGCCUUAGAAUCGACUCAGACUUUCAGAUUCCCUGUUUUGCCAAACUCAGAUUGGGAGCGGCAAACCUUGAAUUUUUGAAGCAAGAGGACAGGAAGAUUUUCUUCAGACACAUUGAUGGAUGUCUUGACAGCCAGGGCGUCUUGGAGGUUUCAUAUACAGCUUUGACGCCUGAAGAAAUUUCGUCUGAAUUUGCUGAUUUCUGGAAACCCAUGUGGCAACGUGAUUCGAGACAACAGCAGUUUUCAGGUAAAGAUUGGUCUGAUUUCCAAGCAAUUUUGCGUAAUUGCGAUCUACCACACAUACCGCAGAUUGAGAUUCCAUGGGAUGAUGUUGACAGAUGGAUGAAGAUCAUCUUCAAGCUUCCACCAGCCAAAGCCGUUGGACCUUGCGGUUGGUCGAACGAUGAACUACGAUGUUUACCAAGGAUUUGCAUCGUUGAUCUCGUGUGGAUUUUCAAGCAGGUUGCAUUCGUUGGUUUCAGUCCCAAUCUGAUGAAAGCCAAGACAAUUCUUUUGUCAAAAAUUCCCACUCCUUUGUCGAUGCACCAUGCGAGACCAAUCACAAUUUUGAGUUGCUUGCACCGUCUUUUUGGGAAGUUUGUCUUCAGAUGUGUCGCAGAUAUUUGGAAAGACCAUUUUCCAUUCCCCAUCUCUGGUGGCCUGCCUGGUCGAGGAGUAAAGGAGUUAGCCUAUGCACAAAAGAGAAUGAUUGAGGAUGCGAUCAGAUCUAAUGCAGUUCUUGGAGGCUACUCGCUUGACUUGAUCAAAGCCUUCAAUACUUUUGCACGAUAUCCAUCAGCAAUCAUUAUGCACCGACUUGGCAUACCUUGGACUUUGCUCAGGUCUUGGCUUCACAGCCUUGACAAACUUGUCCGAUUUCCAUUUGUUGAGGGACAGAUUUCAGUUGGAAUCACCUCCACUACUGGAGUUCCAGAAGGUUGCUCAAUAAGUGUACUUUCCAUGCUGGCGCUUUCUUGCUUUUUCUACUUCAGAAUCAUCAGACAACACGUGUUUCCUUUUGCCUAUGCAGAUAACUGGAGUUGGAUGUCAAAACAGCAACAAGCACAUCUUACAGCGCACAGAGACGUUCUUGCAAUGACCUCUGCCCUGAAGCUGUCAAUCGACCAUGCGAAGAGUUGGCACUGGGCCACAACAAAACAGUUCCGCGAUUUUUGUAUCAGCAAUUGUCAGACACAAGAUGGUACGGAAGUCUCUGUUAGAUCGUGCGUCAAAGAUUUGGGUGAGAUCGUCCAUUACAACAAAAGUGUAUCCUUGGGCUUCAUCAAAGAGAAGAUUUCCGAGGCCGUAACCAGAGUCCAUCGCAUCGAGUGGAUCCCAUGUUCUCUUCAGAAGAAGGCCCAUCUCAUCCAAUCAUGUGCGUGGCCUAUGGCUCUGUAUAGUGCAGAUACAACCUACAUUGGAAAGAAGCAUUUUGUGGACUUGCGUCGUGCUUGCGUCACUGCCUUGGUUGGACAUUGGCAUAGCGCUUCUCCAGUGAUGUCGUGCAACUUUCUUUCCAAGUUUCUGGUGGAUCCGUUUUUGCACGUCCUUUGCCAACGUGCCAGAAUUGUCAGGAGGUUGGCCAAAACAGCCCAUUCGAUUGCAGUCGAUACGGUCAAAGCAAUGGUGGCGUACACAGGUCAAAGACCGUACGGGCCGGCUUCUGCAUUUAGAGUGUACUUGAAUCAAGUAGGCUGGACAAUUGCCGAAAAUGGUGACAUCACUGAUGAGGAACAACAACUCAUCAAACUCAAUAUUGCCGGCGGUUACCAGACGGAUUCCAUGAAAGCCAAAUGGGAUGACAAGGUCAGUGGCGAUUGCGAAUUUUGUGGUCUUCCUGUGAUCAGAAUGUCGCCAGAGCUGAGCUUUUUGCGGUUCUCAUUGCCUUGCGCCACCUUUUUCAACCUCUCAGGGAUUUUGCCACCGGAGGACGCCAAGGAGCAGUUGGAGGGUGCGAUUGAUCGAAUGUAUGGCAAGAAGUCUCCGGAGAUCGUCAAGAGCAACAAGGCAGCGCUGGCGGCGGCGCCUGAGAACCUGAAUAGGAUCAGUUAUCCAUCAUCAUGGCUCACAGCAGAGGACAACGAACACUCUCUGAGGAGGAUGAACCCUUCAGCCAGUCCCUACAGCCCGCAGUUGGACGAGUUCAGCUCAACCUUCCUGAAGAGUAUCGAUUCGCGCACCGCGGAUGAACUUGCCGUCAGUGCCUUUUCACCCGGGGGUGAAACACCAAUCGGCCAAUCCACACAUCAAAAGAGGGCUUUGGCCGAAGAAGUUCCUGUGUGGCUCCCAGAUAAAUGCACUCAGUGCAACUUGUGCAGUGUGGUUUGCCCACACGCCGUGGUGAGACCCUUCUUGCUGGACAAGAAGGAGAUGGAGCAAGCUCCUGAAGGUUUCGUGGCACGGAAGGCCAAAGGUGGAGACUUGGGAGGUCUCAACUAUACCAUUCAGUUGGCACCUUUUGACUGCACUGGCUGUGCAGUUUGUGUGGAGAUGUGCCCUGAUGAUGCAUUGAUCAUGGAGCCUGCCUCACAUUCACAGGAGAAAUUCAACGACCACUGGGAGUACUCCCUCAACAAGGUGGCAGUGAAAGACAACUUGAUGGAGCGGGGUUCAGUGAAGGGCUCUCAAUUUCAGGAGCCUCUCAUUGAGUUCAGUGGUGCUUGCAGCGGCUGUGGAGAGACCCCCUAUGUCAAGCUCUUGACGCAGAUGUUCGGCGAUCGAAAGGACAGCCACAGCAUGCCACAGCCAGGCAUGGUCAUCGCCAACAGCAGUGGUUGCUCCUCUGUUUGGGGAGGAUCUUAUGGUUUGAGUCCCUUCAAGAAGAACCGGCAUGGACAAGGCCCAGCAUGGGCUCGAAGUCUCUUCGAGGACACGGCCGAAUAUGGCCUGGGGAUGGCCUUGGGCUCACAGCAGCGACGCGAACGAUUGGUGGCCGACGUGCGCGAACUCUUGGAGGAGGUGCAAUCGGGUGCCGUGAUCUCCGCUGAAUUGCAAAGCCUUUUGGAGAGGUGGAUGGAAGUGGUCGAGGAUGCUGAGAAGUGCACUGUGUUGCAAGGUCCGCUGAAGGCCGCUUUGGCCAACGAAACCGAAAGCUCGGAGUCCCCUGCUUCGUUGAGUGCUGUGAAACGAGCAGAGGAUCUUCUGGUGGCGCCCUCCCAUUGGAUCAUCGGCGGCGAUGGCUGGGCCUAUGACAUCGGUUUUGGCGGUUUGGAUCACGUCUUGGCCACAGGUCAGAAUGUGAAUGUCCUGGUCUUGGACACCGAAGGCUACAGCAACACGGGGGCGCAGAAUUCCAAAGCCACUCCCAAGGGCGCAACUAUGAAGAUGUCUGCUGGCGGAAACAAGGCAAAGAAGAAGGACUUGGGAGCUAUUGCGAUGAUGCACGAGAAUGCUUAUGUGGCAUCAGUCUCACUGUCUGCCGAUGUCAACCAGACGGUGAAGGCCUUCAAGGAAGCGGAGCAAUAUCCAGGUCCAUCCAUCAUCAUCGCCUAUGCCACCUGCGUGGAUUGGGGGCACCGCGCCGGGGACAAGGCCAUGGUGCAGCAACAGAUCGCACGGCAUUUCGCCAUGGCCAUGGCGGGUGCAUUGCUGGACUGGGAGAACUUGAGAUCGCGCGGAGUGCAACCGAGCUUUAGUCUUCCAUCAAGUCAUCAUGGCGUCCGAUGGAAUGUCGCCUCGAAAAAAAUUCAGGAAGUCUGUGCCAGGCAUCCACAGAAGGAAUAUCGGCAGUUGUGCGACCGAGAAGCUGUGUUGUUUCCUUUGAUGUUGAACCACCCCGAGCAAAAGCAGCUAGAUCAUCAAGUGUUUCGUGUUCACUUGGAAAAAUCCCACAGCGGGGUCAACAAGAAAGCGUCGGAUCGUUCGCAGAUGGCGGAGGUUCUCACGUGGAGAGCUUCGAACUCGGGGGAGGUGCAGCUCCGGAAAGGUCAAUGCGAAGCGCAGGUGGAUACUUCCACAGCAUGGCGCAACUUGGUGAAGGUCGUGGAACUGACACCGAAAGCACCACCUUCGAAUGCGAAUCGGCCGAAACGACCAAGGUCCGAGGCUUUCCGCAGCUUGGCGCUCCAGAGGAUCCGGAACCUCUACCUGGAGCUCCUUGACGUGCUUGAAGGCGUUGGUUGCCCCCCUCCCGUGGCAGUGGGAGGUGGAGGCGGCCCCUCCCGAGCGGGGGAGGCGAGGCCUUUAGAAGAGGCCCAGGCACUGGCAGAAGCCAGUUCAAAAGCUGCUCCUGCUAGACCUCCUGCAACUUUGGGAGCUGCGGCAGCAAGUGGAGCGGAGAAAGAGGAAAACAGAGGAGAGGAGAAAAGAACCACAGGCAUUGAGGCAACAGAGGAUACUAAGAAAGUCGAAGAACCAGCUUCCCCAAAGAAAAAGAAAAAGAAGGAUAGAAGGAGUGAAAAGAGGCACAAAGCCCGGGGUGAUAAGGCCAUCCCACCAGGCUCCGAGGAUCCAUCCGUCACCAGUCAAGGCAAAGUGGUUGUUGAGGAGCCCAAGGAAGAGGUUUUGGAUUCUUCCGUACUCUCGGAGGCGGACUACGAGAACGAUAGCCCCCUUCCGGAGGAAAGGGAAAAACCUCAUCGUUGCAGUCCCAGCCUUAGCAGGAAGUCAAAGUCUCCUGAGAGAGGGAGAGAAGUAAAGGUACAAUCUCCUGAAAGAGGGAGAGAGCCCAAGCAGCGAUUAGAAGAGGAGGAGCCAAGGUACAUUCCACCCACUUCUCCACCGCCAGGGGUGUUUGUGUGGGCCCCACCUUACUGGGGCCGGCAUUACGGGGAAGAGCACAAGUCCAAGGGGGUGAAAAGGAGGCGUCCAGCGGCCGAAGGGGUGCCACCUCCCGAGCGUGGGAGAGAAGGAGAGGAUAUUAUAAGAAAGUAUCAGAGAGGAGAGGUAGUUCAAGCCCACCAGUUACCGCCUCAAGCUUUGGAACAGGGUCACUGGCUGGCAAGUGAGCAGUCCACGUAUUUCGGUGAGGAUUGCAAGUGGGCUGGAAAGAUUGCUCGCGUUGUGCUGGAAGGAGGAGAGGCCGAGGCACAAGUGGAGGUGACCGGAACUCAGUGCGAGAGCCUUCUCAGGUUCUGUUCUGGUCAGUCUCCGGCCCUGGUGCGCGCGCAUUUGUGCGCCCCUGAGUGUGAUCAAAAGCGCACCAAUCCGGACUUUGUUCACCUCAAAGCUUUCCGAAAACUGGAAGAGGCAGGAGAUAAGACCUGGGAAAACAACUUGGUUGUGGCGGACGAGAACGCGCCCUUGAGGAGAAGAAUUAUAAAGAAAGUUCGAAAAAGGCUGAGGAGAUCCAAGGAGUCUGCAAGCUCCAGUUCAGGGAGUUCGUCAACGGGUUCAGCCCUGGAAAUGGAGGAGGAAAUCUUGGAAGACAGGUCCAAGAUUCAAAAGAUCUCGGUAUUGGGCCCGGGAGUCUUGACGGCCGCUGCGAUCCAAAGCAUGAAACAGUAUGUCCUCCAGUCGGGAGGUUCAACAUGGGCGAUGGACGAGGACGCACUCCCGCCCAUAAUGAGCCAAUACGCCAGAAUGCAUUUGGCUCCGAAAGGAGGAGGAGGACUCCUCCGAGAAGCUGUGACGCUGAGCCAUAUAGGAGACCUUCUCCUCCAAGGCCGAGUCUCAGAAGCUCUGGAUGGGGUUUCUCAGAGACUGAAAAGCCUAGAGCUGAUCAUGGGAGGUCAGGCCUGGGCUACAGCCCCAAAAGUGGAAGUGACGCCCACUUUAGAGGCUUCAAUAUCGAGCCGUGCAGAGGUUCAAGUAGCACUGAAGGAGUCGCGACUAGACUCCCAGUCAAAGGGAGGUAUGAGCCCCUGGGAGAAGGGAGUGGGAGAGAGAAAGAAGAUUAUGAAAGCCUUCAAAGAGGAUGCUGCGCUGAGAAAUGGGGAGAAAGGCUCCUGCAAAAGGUCUGGUGAGAAAAAAUCAGAGGAUGGAACAAAGUGGGAAGCGAAGCCUGAAAAGAAAGAAUGUAGUGGUUCGAAAGAAAAAACAGCCGUGGUUCACGAGAAGUUCGCUUUGGAAAAGCUGACUGAGGGAGAAGCAAGUCCGCUCCCGUCGAAGUUGUUUCACCAUAGAGAGGGAGUAGCUGCCACGACUCCUGCCUCGCAAUCCUGUACAGACUUGUAUCCAGACGAAGCUCUGGGUGAUGAGGUCGAAGGGGACUUAGGCUUGGGCCGAGUCGUCGCGGAAAAAGAGAGGCUGCCGCCUGGUGAUGCGCUAGUGGGUAUGGGAGACAUUGGGAUAUGGCUUCAGGGUAGAAUUGACGGUCUUUUAUUUUUGCUCUGCAGGGUCAAGCCCUCGGGUAAGAUUUUCCCCUUACCCUCGUCUCUAUCUACCCUGGGCGCCCUUUUCCCUUUGGAACCCGAUCCUGUGAUGUCCUGGUUGAGAUGUUUGGUUUUGUCCCUUAAUUCGCUCAAUGGUGAAGGGUUGGAAAUGUCAAACCCGCCUACGGAGUUUCACAAAAAGAUUCUGUCCGGGUUGAUUGAAGACUGCCGGCGUAUUGUGGCAUGGGCAGAUAGGAUUACUCCUGUUACGUGGGAGGAAUUUUUUAGGGUUCGUGGCGUAGAUUACAAAGGAGAAGAAAUCCUGAGUGCUCAGCCCAUCAGGUGGGAGAAUGUUGCUCCUGCAUUACCUGAUGAGGUUGGCGGUGUUCCGGUAGAAGAUGUAGUUGAAUUAGGGUCCUUAGAGUAUGUGAAAAAUUUUUCAAAGUAUCUAUUGGAUCCUGCAGAUCAGGUGUACACUAGACCCCCACGGGUCAUGGUAGCACCGGAGCACUGGGAAACCCUUUGUGCUAAUCUCCUGGCGAAGGGAGUCUUUAGCAAGAUCCAUGAGGAUGACGUGUUUAAGGUUGAUGGGAAAUUGAUCCUCAAUGGGCUCUUCGGAGUGUCCAAACAUGAAUUCCAAAAUGGGUUUGAAGUGAUGAGAAUCAUCAUGAACCUAAUACCAGCAAACCGGCUGGUCAGAACUUUGGACAGUGAUAUCGCCACUUUGCCGUCUUGGUCAGGCAUGACGCCACUGGUAUUGAUGCCCCAUGAAAACUUGCGCAUCUCCAGUGAAGACGUUCGCUGUUUCUUUUAUAUUUUCAGGUUGCCCCCUUGCUGGUUUCCACUGAUGGCGUUCAAUCGCCCAUUACCCGACUCCCUUAAGGGGGAUAAGCCGGGUAGGUGGUUUCCAUGUUCAGCUGUGCUCCCAAUGGGUUUCAAGAACAGCGUGGCUUUGGCACAGCACAUUCACAGGUUUAUCGCCAAACGAGCCCUGGGGAAAGCUAGAUUGGGCGGAGAGAUUGAGUUGAGGAAAGACCGCCCUUUCUCGGUAGGAAAUCCUCUUUUUAGAAUUUACUUGGAUAAUUUUGACGAAUUGGCCAGGGUGUCUAAAGAUGUAGCUCGAGCAAUUGCUGGAAAGGUUUCACCUUUGGUCUCCUGCUUGCGUGAAGAAUACGCUGUAUUGGGAGUACCUAGACACCCGAAGAAGGGAGUCUCCUCUCAAAGCAAGGCUGAGGUCCAGGGAGCAAUUGUGGAAGGUGAAGCAGGGAUCGCGUACCCGAAACCUGAAAAGAUGAUCCGGUACGCUUGGUUGGCGAAGAGUCUCUUGGAAGCCACAACAUGCACACAGAAACAAAUGCAAGUAGUGGGGGGUGGCCUGGUCUAUUUGGCCAUGUUCAGAUGGCCCCUCCUCGGUAGUUUGAAUUCAGUGUGGAAGUUUAUCCUAUCUUUUGAAGGGUAUCCACCCAUCAUUAAGCUCCCCAUUCCCAAGGAAGUGAAAUUGGAGCUAGCUCGUUUUGUAGGAUUAGUCCCCUUGGCAUAUAUGGAUUUUCGGUGUACAGUUUCACGGAUGGUCACGGCAAGUGAUGCAUCAAAGUCAGGUGGGGGUGUUACAGCCUCAUGUCACGUUUCACCGGCAGGCUGUGUAGCUGCGCAAUGCCCUGUAAGGGGAGAUUUGGUGGAGCCAGCGGAUGUGACCCAAGUGGUCACGGUAGGUCUUUUUGAUGGGCUGGGUGCCCUCAGAGUGGCGGCCGACACGUUGGGCUGGAACGUGGUAGGUCACAUCAGUGUUGAGAAGGAUGAUCGUGCGGCUCGUGUGGUUGAAUCCAGGUUCCCAAAUUCUAUCCGUGUACACGAUGUGGCGGAGAUUGAUGAGGCAAUGGUACAAGGGUGGUCAUUGAAGUUCUCUCAGGCUGGUCUGAUUUUACUGGGGGCAGGACCCCCCUGCCAAGGGGUUAGCGGUCUCAACGCUGCCCGAAAAGGGGCUCUCAAAGAUGCACGUAGUUCCCUCUUUACCCAUGUAUCCCGCGUGCGUACAUUGCUUAGGUCAGCGUUUCCCUGGGCACAAAUUCGUACACUUAUGGAGUCUGUGGCGUCCAUGGAUCAAGGUGAUCGUGAGGUGAUGUCGGCUGACUUUGGUGACCAACCAUGGAUGGUGGAUGCUGCCGGGGUCUCAUUGGCGCGUAGGCCUAGGCUGUAUUGGGUGGAUUGGGAGCUGGUUGAAUCCUGUGGUGCGGUUCUCUGUGAAGAAGGAUCUGGGCAGCGUAGUGUUCAACUGAACGCGGUGCUCAAUGACCAGGACUUCUUGCUUCCAGGGUGGUCGCGCGUGUCCUCUAAACCCUUACCCACCUUUACAACCUCCAGGCCUCGCUCUUCGGCAGGCUACAAACCAGCAGGCCUUCAUCAGUGCAAUGAAGAAGAGAAGGAACGAUGGGUGCAAGACGCCUACCGUUUCCCCCCAUAUCAGCUAAGUUUGAUCGGCAAUUCCUGGAAUGUCACAGUGGUCAAGUAUCACCGGCUUCGGGCCAGUGUGCCGUCAAAGUUGUGGAAGUGGAAGACUGUCUUUAAAACACUUGAGCCGCAGGUGCAGGCGGUGGAGAGUGGCUACUGGCCGCUGUAUCGCUAUAACCCUGACAAGGUCACAGGGGAGAACAGCGGAUUCGAGUUGGACAACAAACGCAUUACACCGGACGCCAUGGAUUCGCUGAUGCGCAACGAGAACCGCUUUACCUCACUGCAGCGUUCGGCCCCUGAAUAUGCGCAGAUGUUGCAAAAUGCCAUGAAAGACGAGUUCUUCGCCCGCCACGAGACACGGAAACGACGCGCCAUGGGCGACGAGGAUCUUUUGGAAUAUCUCAAGAAGUCCAUGGGAGAGCAGGUCACUGGUGAGCGUGUCACCGUGCUCUAUGGCACAGAUACAGGCAAUGCCGAAAUGGUAGCCAAGAACUUCCAGUUCGAAUUCAAGCGUCGAGGCAUGAAAGCGAAGUGUUUGUCUCUCAACGACAUGCCAAUCUCAGAUCUGGCAGAGGAGUCCAAAGUGCUGGCCAUCGUGGCCACGGCUGGACAGGGAGAAAUGCCCAAGAGCGCGGUGAAGUUUUGGCAGGACAUGGAAACCUUCCUGGAGACAGCUCCGGCAGACUAUCUCAAGGACACCAAGUUCGCCGUCUUCGGUCUUGGAGAUUCGUCCUAUGUCUUUUUCAAUGAGGCGGCCAAGCGCAUCGACGAAGCCUUCGAGAAAUUGGGCGGAGAGCGGGUUCAGUCCUUGGGCUUGGGAGAUGAUCAACACCCCGGACGCUUUGAUACCGAGUUGGAGGAGUGGAGCCCUGACUUCUACGACAACAUCGAAGCUCCAGAGCCACCGCAGGAGUUGAGUCCUCCAUCCCAUUUGGUGGAGAUUUUGCCGGCAGAUGAUCCGAAGGCGCUGGCCUGCGGCGCUGUGAUAUCUUGCCAGGCAAAACGCAUGGAAGCCUAUGUGCCCGCUGGAUCUAAGCCCGUGCAGAUGACGGUGAAGAGGUCGACAGUGCCCGAGGGCUAUGAGCGUGCCAUCGAUCACUUCGAGUUUGACCUUACAGGUAGCGGCCUGAGCUAUGAACAGGGAGAUUCCCUGGGCUUGUGGCCUUCCAACCCCAAGAAGCAGGUGGAUAUGUGCCUCAUGGCUCUCAACAUGAAAGGAGAUGAGAUUCUGUAUCUGCGACCCAUCGAUUCCAAUCGCUCCGUGCCACUGCCAGAGGUCAUUGAUGUCCGUAGCCUCUUGACGCAAGUGCUCGACAUCGCUGGUUGGCCCAAGCGACGUUUCUAUGAGAUGCUGAAGCUCAGCGCAACUGAUGCAGCCGAGAAGGAAGUCUUGGUGAACCCUAUGGGCUUAGUCGAUAUGGGCCUGAACAUCAUCAGCGUCCGCGAUAGCUGGAAGCAACAUCACCACUCCUUGGAAGCUGGUGAGAGGCUGCACCUGGAAGCCUUGAAGGUGUCCCAAUCGCAGCAUAGCGAAGCCUUACACCAUGGCCUCAGUCAGCAUCAGGAAUCUAUCUUUGUGAGCAAAGAUCAGCAUGACCAGUCUCUCCAUGUCAGUCGUGUGAUGCACGAUGAAGCGCUCAGUCGUUCCAAGAUCCAACAUGAGGAGCAGAUGAAACACAGCUAUAUGGAGACCAGGAGAGAAAAUUUGCGUGACUUGCUGAGUGAAACUCUGGAUGAGGCACAGAGUACGGUGCUGAAAUCGACGCUGCUCUUCGGCUUUGUGGUGGCGGUCCUCGUGGAGGGAUUCCCAUCCUCGGAGAAUUCCAAUGAGAGAUACAUCGAUGUCUUUAUCUUCUCGGUCUCGUGGGCCAUCUGCUUGCUGUUUCAGUCCAUUGUUCUCGCCGGUUUGUACCAAGUGGUGCAAACCCGAGCCUUACGGGAGAUGAUUCGCAGCCUUCAGGCUCAAGCAUCCGGCUGCAUCGAUGACCACGAGCUGCGGCGAAGCAACACCAUGGAGACAUGGUGGAAAGAGCUGAGAACUAGGACAGCAGCUCCAGCUCCCUCUCCGACGACUGGGCAGACUUGGAGAGAGAACCUGUUCAGCGGCCAAGGAAGGCCCUACAACUUGUUGCAUCCAUCCUCGCAAAGGCACAAGACGGAAGGAGCCGACUCCUUUGGAAGCGCGAGCACCAAGGACUCUUCCACUUUAACGUCGCCUGUUGCGACGUUGCAUGUUUUCGACCCGAAGCGGUUGAUGUAUAGGAGCCAGGCGAAAAAGUUUGUCACGGUGGGCAGUUUGUUCACCUUGAUUUGUUUGGCCGGACUUAUAUAUGGCCGCCUCUCCAUGCGCAGGGGCAGCAAGUAUGGCGAAGGUGCUCCUGAUGUGUUUCUCCGUCUAGGAAUCUUCCUGCCGCCCUUUGUUUCUGCCAUGUUCUCGCUGUUGCUCCGCAAAAAUGCGAAUCCAAUACGAGCAACUCUGGCCGUUCGAAGCCUCGCGUGGUUGUGCUUCUUCGUGUCGCUGGCGUUCCUCUUGGUGACCUCAGUGAUCUGGCACGCGGCUGCACCGAGCAUCAAAGUGGCGCCCAAGGAAUCGGACGUCGUCUUCCUGAAAGGCACUUCGUUGGAGAUGCCGGAUCUGCCGAUGUUUUUCCACCCCACCGGAGUGGCCGCCAGUGGGAAUCUGCUGCUGCUCAGCGCCGCCUUCCGCAUCGCGCGCUUUGAGUUCAGCGGAGUCCGAGCUCGCUUAGUGAAUGAAGUCACUUUGCCCGCUUUGGAAAUUGGAGAUCUCACUUUCGCACCUGACAACGGCACUGUAGCUUUGGCUGGUCGUGAUAUGGUGAGCUAUUUACCUUCCAAUUCCUUGCUGGAAACGGCUGCCACGGGACGUGUGGCGUCCGUGGCGUGGCGUUCCUUACCUGCGAGCCAUUUCGGCAUCCAGGAUGGAAACGAUCCCGGUCCUGCGGAGGCGUUACAGGCCUUGGCGUACUGGCCGCAGCAGGAUAUGUUGGUGAUCAGCAAGGCAGAUCUAGGCAUCGUGGCCUGUAAGGCACAUGACGAUCGAGGGAGGGUGCAACCCUUGGUACAGGCUGAGAUGAUGGUCAUGGAAAAGUUUGGGCUUGGCACCAGUGUGGCUGGACUUCAUGUGGAUGCGCUUGAAGAAGUGUUGUAUGUCUUGUUCCAUCGCACUGGACGGCAUGCUGAAAUUCACGCCAUAGAUCUGCGUGACGAGCUGGGCCGCUUGCUGCACGUGCUACGUCUGCCCGACCUGGACUCCGCCGACGGCAGCGAGGCGGACCACGACGUGGUGUGGGGUGCCCUGUCCAGUUGGCAUCCGCCAGAUCCCUCACGCAGGCCGCAACUCUUGGUGGCCACACGAACACCUGCCAAGGUGUUUUCCUUUGACCUGCCAUUGCUGAGACAUUGCCAUCCGGAUGGAUCCAAUUGCAAGCCACGUUGA